CCUCGCACGAAGUUAAAACUAGGCAUUUAGGCCAUUCGUUUUGCUUUUCUAGUUAAUCCUGAUAUUAGUGAACUAAUCGUUCAGCCAUUGCACGAUCGCGACUUGCUCUUCUUGAUCAGCUGACGACAACCAUGCUUCACCGUUGGCCUGUGUCUCUUUCAGUUUCCACCUGGAUUUCACCGAUUAUGAAACUUGCCGCUUACUCCACUCACUUCGUUUGAAGACUUGGUCGAUUCAACUCCUAUUAUCACAUCUAUCACAACUAGAUAGAUCUGCGUCUACGUACUUCUACUCCACGCAUCUUGUCAUCAUUCCAUUUGGCCUGAACCGGUGCAAAAAUAAGAAGAAAGUGUUGAAACCAUUCUGAGGACAAUAACACCUUGUUCGUUUGACUCUUACCCAAGUUCAGAUGCAGUGCAUGCAAUCAAAAUGAGCUACUGCCAAACACUUCUACCCAGAAUGUGUCCUCAGGACAAACGUGUCAGUGGUUUUGCCUCGACGAAGUAGGAAGUUUGACGUCAUCAUCCCCUACAUAUGAUAAAACGCCCAUGUCGGCCAGGCCGACCAUUACCUCCAUUCACCUGUGUCAGUCCUAUCGGUAGACAGGACCCUCUAUAUCCUCCAUCGGAUGUAAGGAAGGCACGAAAAUAGACCAAGGAGUGGUAUUUCCCGGGGAGUAGUCUGUCUUGUGCCCCCAACCCCAAUCAGCCCUAUUCUCUUUAGCUCGCCGUCAAACAGCUCGUCGCUAAUGCCAUAAGGGCCAUAGGGCUCAAGGAGGCAUUGCUUCCUAGUUGAUUUGGAUUGUGCUCUGGAUGCGUUCUUGACGGCAAGUAGCCGAGUACCUGAGGCCAGGGUUGAAAAAUCAAAUGAGGAUGACGGUCUGUUGUUAUCCUCAUGACGAUGGUGUUGGUUGCCUCGUGGUGGUUUAGGAUUCUCCGGUGGUGAAUGGCUGGCCAUGUUCUGGUGGGCUGGGGAGGUCCGUUGAGUGGCAAACUGUCGAUUCUGCAGGAUUUGCAAUGAACCAAAACGCAUUUCAUGAUCAAGGACCCCCUCCCAACUCUGCUUGUGUGUACUCCCAAUGACUUCGGGAUGGCAGCGGCCUAGCGAGCACAAUCUCACGCUCUAUGAUGCUGAUGCUGGAGAUCGUUUUGAGUCAAGUUAGUUGUGUCCUGGCGGUGGAUUAGGUGGGAAAACGUAAACCAGUGGCAUUCACGGUCUAUCUCGAACAAAACUCCUGCCUCAAAAGAGUAUGGCGAAGGUUUGAACAAUCCAUACCAUACGUAUUCUUGGAUGUGUUGUUACCGUGAUAGAGCCGUGUAACCAAUAGGAACGAUUAUAUUUUUUCCUUAUCCUACGGUCUGGUUCUUCGGAGUUGCUCUUUGCUCCCAAAUGCCAUUCCGGUAUUACUGGAAUAAUGACGUGAGGUCUUAAGGCUACCUCAAGCCUCAAAAAAAGCCCAAGCUCUCUAGGUAUCGCAUCGGCCGACCGACGUACGAUCUUGCGAACAUCCAAUAGCCCAAGUUGAUCUUUCAAAGGCGAGUGUGCCUGCAGAAGUCGGUCAGGUUCAGACCGAGUCUGGAGUGGUGGUGAACGAGCAUUCAGCAACGAACGAGCUAGAAUACAUAUUUCUGGUUCUGCCCGCCCAACGUACUGCAAUGGUUCAGCAUGAGGAGGCUUCAUCCUAAGCUAACCACCGAUAGUGAGUGAACAUUUGGCUGAGUGCACCUACCCUCCAGUAACCAACAUCAUUCAAAUCAAGGGAAGCAGUCGCCUUUUGGUCGCCAUAGUGUGAAGGGAGCUUGAGAGUGUGGAUUCGCAUGAAAAUGGCCCCUCUCCAUAAAAAUCUACUUGGCUACUGGUCUUUGCUUCGUCACCUGUGAUUGAUUUACAUACAAGUGUCAAUAUUAGGCCCAGCAACCUUGCUUCCUUUACUUAAGGAGCUGUGUCUCGUUUAGUUCAGUCUGAAAAUCCCGCACUUCAUUCUUCAGAGUUCAUUCUUCAGAGUGACUUCAUUUGUGGCCACUUUCAGUGCUGCCCCUAGCGGUGGUGAGUGAAAUAAACCUACGACAUAUCAACAAGUGAUACAAAAUGGAAGAGACAAGCAAAUCCAAGCGGCCCACGCACGCCUUUGGCAACGGCAUCAAACCCGCUCAUUGUCUUGUUCUAUUAGCCGUUCUAUGCAUUAAGAACGGACUAGUUUGGUCAGAAAACAAUUCCGAAACAAAUCAUCAUCAUGACGAAGGAGCCCAUCCCGAGGGUGGAGGAGCCCAUGGACAUAGUCAUGAGUAUCAGGUCUUCCACGUGGAGUUCGACAGAGUCCAGCUACCCUUCAUUAUCUCACUGUGGAUCUUUGUUUCAUCGUUGGCCAAAAUCGGCUUUCACAUGAUUCCCAAGCUUCCGUCCAUCUUCCCCGAAUCUUGCCUCUUGAUCGUGAUUGGUAUCAUCAUUGGAGUCCUCCUGGUGGCCACCAGCGAUGAAGUGCCCUCGACUUUGACGCCGGACAGUUUCUUUUUGUUCAUGUUGCCACCGAUUAUUCUGGAUGCGGGAUACUUUAUGCCUAAUCGACUCUUUUUUGAUCAUUUGGGAACAAUUCUGCUGAUGGCUGUGGUUGGAACCGUGUUCAACAUGUUAACCAUUGGGUCUUCGUUGUACGCCCUUGGACAAACAGGAAUUUUCGGCCCUGAUCCUCCGGGUAUAUUGGAGACUUUCCUCUUUGCUUCGCUCAUCGUGGCCGUAGAUCCCGUGGCUGUUCUGGCUGUCUUUGAAGAGAUUCAUGUCAACGAAAUCUUGUACAUUGUCGUGUUUGGCGAGUCUCUUCUCAACGAUGCCGUCACGGUGGUAUUAUAUCACAUGUUUGAAGCUUAUGUGGAGAUAGGGGAAGAAAAUGUCAAGAGUACGGAUCUACUCAAAGGGUUGGCCAGUUUCAUCGUGGUCGCUGGGGGUGGAACCAUUAUUGGUAUCAUUUGGGGAUUCGUAACAGGCUUCGUCACCCGAUUCACCAACCAUGCCCGUGUCCUGGAACCUCUCUUUGUGUUCAUCAUGGCUUAUAUGUCUUACUUGAACGCUGAGAUAUUCCACAUGUCCGGCAUUUUGGCGUAAGUUGUGUGAUCACAAUUCUGCGGCAUCACAAUGAAGAAUUAUGUGGAGCGAAAAUAUAUCCUCCAAAUCCCGACCACUCUAAAAUAUGGCUUGAAAAUGUUGAGCAGUUCGUCGGAAACCAUCAUCUUUAUGUUCUUGGGUGUGGCCACCAUUCACGACAACACGAUGGAACUGGCCUUUGUCAUCCUGACCAUUGCUCUUUGCAGCUUCUUCAGAAUCCUAGGUGUGCUCUUGUUGUCGGCCUUGGCCAACCAAUAGAUUGCACAAAUUAAAGGCUUGGACCAAUUUGUGAUGAUGUACGGCGGAUUGAGAGGUGCCGUGGCUUUUGCCUGGUAUUUAAUCAAGGACGAGAAAAAGUGUCCCUCAUGCGCCAUGUUCGUGACCACCACCAUUGCUGUCAUCUUGACGGUGUUUGUUCAGGGCAUCACAAUUAAACCUUUGGUGAAAUUCCUCCGCGUCAAAACUGCCUCCGAUAAAGAUCCCAUGAAUGAGAGAAUUGCCGGGAGAUUUAUGGAUCACGUCGUCUCCGGGAUGGAAGGCAUUUUUGGAAAAACAGGAAAUUACAGAUUGCGUGACAUGUACAAGUACUUCGACACGAAAUAUAUCAAGCCUUGCUUGUUAAGGGAGAAUCAGUACAAGGAUCCCAAGAUCAUCGAGACCUUUGAGAAUCUGACCAACAAGGAUGCUGUGGAAUUCAUGAAGCGAAAUCCCACUCAAUUUGCUGUAAGAUUUGAAAACGAGAUGGAUAAACGCGGAGUGAACGGCCUUAGGGUCCGUGGUUCUUCGAAGAUGCUCCAAGAUGAGAUCAUCCAUGAAGCCAUCAAUGAGCGUUAUGAACGAGAGCACUCUAACAUUCCCAGUGGGGACGAGAACGACGAAGACGACGAGGGUGGCAUUGUGUUCGCUCCCAAGCAAUCCCAAUCCAUCAGCGGACUGGGGCCUAGCGAUAGUCCCAUGGUGUCGAGUGUGCAUCACCGUCUGCCACCCGGUCAAAGUCCGGCCAUUUCACAUAAGUCCUUUCUGCCACUUCCAUUUGACCGGGUGAGCACGGUGCCCGUGGCCACGCCCUGGUUGGUCAAAGAGAUGGACAAUGAGGAUAGUGAUGAUGAGCCGCUGUCCAUGCCCGAGGGCGGACGAUCCCGACGCAAUUCCGCGGCCGAGUUCCAAGAGCGCCCCCCCAUGGACCUUCGAAUGGGAAGACGUCUCAGUCACCAAGCGGAUUCCAUCAAUGAAGACGAGAACGACGAUCACAAAGGCCAUGGACGUGGAGAGUCCAGCAAAUUGUAGCACUGAAACGCCAGUUUCUUCGAGACUCGGCUCACUUUAGGUGGACAAAACCCACCAUGGAUAUGACGUGGUUUAAUUAAACAAGUGAUUUUUAGACCUCCAGAACACACAAAGAAAGCAAUCAAUCAAUCAAUCAAUCAUAUUCUUUUGUAAAUACUUUACGAAAUCUAAUAUUUUUGUAGGGCCAACAUUUUUACACCACUCACAUUCACAUAGAGCGCAAUCAAUCGA